AUGACGGAUAUUAUCAGGACCAGCCCCGACGGCUACCAGGAAAUCAGGACUGGGUUAGGAUGGCGAAGAGUGCUCUCUCCGGCCAGCACCCAAGCCACAUUUAGCCUUCCCGUCAUUGACAUUGGUGAUAUAGGCCAUCCUGAUCGAGAACGCCGAAGGUCCGUGGCCCGAGAGAUAUGCCAUGCUGCAGAAAACGUGGGCUUCUUCUAUGUUAGCAAUCAUGGCGUCCCAACCAAGGUCAUCGAAUCCAUCUUCUCAGAAUCCAAACGCUUCUUUCAAGAACUGAGUCUGGAGGAGAAAAUGGAGUAUGACACAGAGAAGCAUGAGCACUACUAUGGCUACUACCCGAUCAAUCUUGACCCCAACCUGCCUGCAGGAGCAAAAUUGAACGAAGGCAUCAACUAUGGAUACGAACCCUCAAUCGACCCCGGAGCUGUUACUUCAGAGAACAACGGCGACAACUGGUGGCCUUCGGAGAAGCGGCUCCCUGGCUACGAGAAGAAUGUCAAGGAGUAUAUGUCUCAUGUGCUCGCGUUAAGUCGAGCUCUGCUUCGAAUGUUUGCACUUGGCCUCGAUCUGGAUGAGCGUUCAUUCGACCACCUCGCCACUAGACCAUACUCAAUUCUUAAGAUGGCCCACUACCCCGGAGUGCUUUCUGGAUCAGAGGGACCGUCAUCAAUCCGGCCCCACACAGACUACGAGCUCUUGACCAUCCUGUUACAGGACGACAUUCCUUCCCUUGAGGUCCUGUCCAAUACUGGGCGCUGGAUUCAGGCGAAACCCAUUCCGGGGACAUUUGUGGUCAAUAUUGGAGAUUCCAUGGCGAUGCUUACCAAUGGCCUCUUUGUGUCCACCAUGCACAGGGUGCUCAACUUCUCGAGGCGAGAUCGGUACUCGGUCCCAUUCUUCCUAGGGGCAAACCAGGAGGCCGAGUUGAAGGCUCUUGAGCAGUUCGUCACGCCUGAUCAGCCGCCAAAGUUCCAGCCCAUGACUUCAGGGGAAUACGUUCGUCGAUCUCUGCAGGCAGUGUAUUCGAAACCGAACAUAGAGAUUGUCCGGGAGACGAUCGAGCUGCAGGGAUAA